AUGUUGAGACCCCCGGAUGGCUUGCUCCCGAUGCACCCUGCUAUGUCGGUGUUGGGCGACUCCACAAUAGUCCAGUGCCAUCAUGGACGCAAGAACUCAUACGACCACGCAGAACAUGCUCUCACAAAACCCCACCCCCCGCGAUCUCUGCGCAGAGCGGUAUCGAUACCGGCCGUAUCAACGCUAGUCAAAGACUCGUGGAAUUGGGCCGGCGACACCCUACACACCUAUCGCGACGGCCUCACGAAGGAGCAACGGAAACACAAGGCCGAGAUCGAGGAUCGCAAACAGAUCUUGUAUCUGCACAUGAGAAAUGCGGUGUCGUACGAGGAAUGGCGCAGUCGCGCCAGCGAGCUCGACGAACUAGAAGACAACAAUGCUUGGAAACAGACGCUGGAAUCCUCCGAAUACGAGCCUCUCCUUGUACAGGAUCGCUUACGGCAGCUGGAAGAGGCGCGGAUUAGUUGUGAUGUGAGCCGGAUGCUGUUUCUCGUGCGCACCGCGCUGAGUCGGGAUCUCGCGCAUAUGAGCAAUGCGUCACUUUAUCGGCAUUCACAUAUUGGCACCAAGGAUCUGAUUGACCGGUAUAUAACUACUGCCGUAGAGACGAUUACUACGCUGGUUGAUCUGUCGGUGCAUAAUCGCUGCGAUGGACUGGAGUUGAAGUAUAUUCUGGACCAGCUGCUCGCAGCCCGGCAGGCCUUUGGACGAAGCGGGCUGCUCUUUUCCGGAGGCGCGACUUUUGGAAUGGCUCACAUUGGAGUUCUCAAAGCCCUCUACGAGGCCAAGAUGAUUCCUCGCAUCAUUUCAGGUGCAUCUGCUGGUAGUAUUGUGUGCGCUGUCUUCGGUACACGUACGGAUGACGAAUUGCCGGAGUUGUUGGAUACCUAUGUGCAUGGAAACUUCGCUGUUUUCAACGAGCAGGGCCAGGAAGAAAAUCUUUUGCAGAAGAUGACUCGCUUUUUGAAGUUCGGGUCCUUCCUGGACAUAACACAUUUGGCCAAUACUAUCAGAAGCUGGCUUGGAGAUCUGACUUUUCAGGAAGCAUACAACCGCACACGCAGGAUUUUGAAUAUCUGUGUCUCAAGUGCAGGUAUGUACGAGCUGCCACGGUUGCUGAACUAUAUCUCCGCGCCGAAUGUGUUGAUCUGGUCUGCUGUGGCCGUGUCAUGCUCGGUGCCUUUCGUGUUCAGACCAUUUACCUUGAUGGCCAAAGAUCCUUUGACAGGAGAAACAGGGCCGUGGAACGAUUUCCAUAAACAGUAUAUUGAUGGGUCUGUCGACGGUGAUCUGCCAAUGACCCGAUUGUCAGAGAUGUUCAAUGUCAACCACUUUAUCGUCUCACAAGUCAACCCCCAUGUGGUACCGUUCCUACCAAAGGAAGCAGGACCCCAGGCCGAGGCAGAAGCAGGACCAUCCUUCAUUCCUCGGUGGAUGAAUACCAUGACACACCUUGCAAAAGAUGAAGUUCUUCAUCGAAUGAAUGUCCUCUCAGAACUCGGCGUCUUCCCAACAUCGAUGACCAAGUUCGCUUCCAUUGUAAACCAGAAAUAUCACGGCGACAUCAACAUCUACCCGGAACUAAGUUCGUCUCACUUCCCCCGACUCUUGGAGAACCCGACGACCGAGUUCAUGCUUGCGGCAUGUCUCAGCGGCGAACGGGCGACAUGGCCACGGCUGAGCAGGAUUCGGAACCACUGCGCUAUCGAACUUGCCUUAGAUAGUGCCAUUCAGACAAUGCGGGCCCGGGUAGCCUUCAGCCCGAGCCAGAUCAAUUCACGAAUGCCCAACUUGUCCCGUCACUCGAUUGACUCAAUUGAAAGCAACGGAAGAGGCGCACAUCAUCGACGGCGUGGUUCCCACAACCCUGAACUGCAAAAGAGACGUUCCGGUGGACAGUCACGGCAACCACCAGUCCGAGAAUUGCGAAAAGCACGCAGUACUGUAUCUCUCGAGAACCCACCUCUCCUAUCAAACGAUUCAAUACUCGAGUCAAUGCAACCGAGGACCCACCGCCGGACAUCCUCAGCGUCUUACAACAACCGAGCAAUCUUUGAUAUCGGAUCUAGCAGCGACGAUGACUACGAAUUCUCACACUUGUACACAGUCCGACCUCGACUGACAGGUCACCGAGCGUCCUCGGAUUCAAUUCCCUUUAGUGGAGCGACCGCAUACCACGGACCUCGCAGCCCAGUCCGAUCACGGCGAUCCUCAUUCUCUUCCGGCCUUACCUACAAUUCUUCAGUUCCCACGCAUCGCGCCUCACCAAAGCAGGUUUAUGCCUCUUCGGCUCGUGACUUUUCCACGACCGUCCCACCAUCGUCCCGCCACCUCCUCAGCAUGACUCCCACUUCAACGGUCCACCCGAGCUCUCCUGAUAUCUCCAUGUGCAAAAAGCGGCACUAA